AGAGAGAGAGAGAGAGAGAGAGGCAGAGGGAGGGAGGGAGGGAGAGAGAGAGAGAGAGAGAGAGAGUGGAGUUGUGCCCCAUAUGUGGAAAAGAAAGCAUAGCAGUGCACACACAGUCUGGUCUGCUCCAGGGAUUAUUGUAGCACUUUCAGAUCUGAUGGAGGACAUGCAGGCAUGAAUAGGGCUGUUCUGUUGUCAGUGCGAGCUCCUGCUAGUGAUGGACAACAGCCGGACGGACGCUAACCUUAGCUGGCAUUCAUACAACAGCAUCCCUCCAUACUGAGACCAGCUCCACAGAAUGCUGAGUCCUAUUGUCCCCUAUAGCCUGUUAAAGAUGCACUGGAACCCAGAGCAUGCCCAACCCCUCAGCCAGUGGCCUGAGCAGCACCUUGACGUCUCCUCUACCACCUCCUCUCCGGCCCACAAGUCGGAAUUCUACCCUGGCCGCGGUCGCAGUGGCUCCAACUACGCCUGGGCCAAUGACGACAUCUCUGCUCUCACAGCUUCCAACUUGUUGAAACGUUAUGCUGAGAAGUAUUCUGGCCUGCUAGACUCACCAUAUGAUCGGCCACCGACUGUGGGCACCUACCCAGAGCCAGGGGCCUUUGGGGGCCUCAAUGUCCCAAAGACUGAGCUGGAGCCCUGGCCACUGACACACAGCACUGAUGCCUCCUAUUCCCUUGUGCCCCCUGGAGGCCAUGACAGCCUCUCAGGUUCCAAAACUGUGGCCACAUCUGCAGGUCCUCCAGGGGUUAGUAGUGUUUCGAUAGUGAACAGUAACCUCUCAGACUCAGGCUACAGUGGCAGCAGCUCCUGUAGUGGCUCCAACGAGUACCCCUCUAGCUACAAUGGCACCUAUCUUUCAUCAGGGUACUGUCCCCAACCCAAUGCAGCACUUCCCCCUGCCUCCCUCCACACUCUCCAAUCCACCCCUACCCUACUGCCCAGCUAUAGCCCUACCACGCCUGUCUAUAACUACUCACCUAGCACAUAUCCUCCCCAUACCAGCCUUGCCCCUAGCUACAGCCACCCCUCUGCAACCUACCUGCCCUCAGGUCUACAAGCCCCUACUCCUGUUCCCUCAAGGCCCACACUGUUAGGAGGCAGUUAUAGUUACCAGAGCACCAACCUUGGGACAUCUGAGUCUGGCGGGACAUUAAAAAGAAAAGCUUUUGAGAUGAGCGUAGAAGACGAUGAAAGUGGGGAUGGGUCUCGUUACAGAAAAUAUAGCUAUGACCCCUUAAAGGCUGGGGGGAACUCACCCUACAGUGUGAAUGACAAAACAGAGUGCCGGGGAAAUGGCUUCAGUAGUUCAGGCAGCACAGACCCUCAAACCUUCAAGCCCAGUAAGCCCUCCUCCCAGCCCCUGGUGUCUCCUCAGUAUGGGGCGGCUGGGGAGUACAGCCCUCCAGUGGGCAUGACAGGGGAGAAUGGCGGGGCAGAGCAGGGUUUCAUCCAACAGCAACAGAACCGCUCCCAGGCCCACAAACGCCCUCCAUUGUGUGCUCCAGCUGUUGAGACUAUGAAGAGCCCAGACCCCCGACUGUUGGACCUUGUUAAUGGGGAGUUACUUGACUGCAGCCCGGCACUGGGCUGGGGAGAGCUGGCUGGGCUCACCCAUGUCAAGGCCGCCCUGGAGGAGGACCUGCUGUGGCCCGUGUUGAGGCCCAGUCCAGUAAUGCGACCACCAAGAACCGUCCUGCUGUUUGGUCCCCGAGGAGGGGGUAAGACGACGUUGACUCGUUCUUUGGCUUCACAGUUGGGGGCUUCCUUCUAUCGGUUGAGUGGAGCCAUACUGGCUUCUAAAGGGAAGGCUGAGGCAGAGCACAUUCUGGGGUCUCUUUUGCAGGUGGCGGGGGCACGGCAGCCCUCCGUGGUGCUGCUCAGCCAGGUGGAGGCCAUGGAAGAAGAGGGGCUGAGCCAGAGUCUGCUGACCACCACCCUGGAGAAAGCCCAGGUGGGGACCACAGGUCUGGUGAUUCUUGUUUGUGCCACUGGAAGGCCAGAUCUGCUGCAAGAUGCAGUCCACCGGAGCUUUGCCAAGCGAUAUCACGUUGGCCUACCAGAUGUAGGUAUGCGCAGGCAGGUGCUGCUGCAGGCGCUGUCGCCCCAGGGCUGCAGCCUGAGCGAGAGGGAGCUGAGCGCUGUGCUGCAGCGCACAGAGGGCUUCUCAGUGUGGGAGCUGCUUCAGCUCAGCCAGCAGGCACUCUCCUCAGCAUCCUCUCCCACUGGGGCCAUGCAUGGCCACCCCACAUCCUCCAAACCCCCAGCCUUCACAGACUUUGAGAAUGCCUUCUGCAAGGUGCGCCCACACACCACCACAAAAGAACUGGAUACUUGUAUAGAGUGGAGCAAGAUGUAUAACCACUGAGAAAGCAACAAGUCACUGUAAACGGACUGCAUUAUGACCCUGCAUUGGAAAGCCAUGGGAAUGUUUUGUUGUUUUGUAAUUACAGAUUAUGCAGCCAAAAGAACCAGUGAAGCUCAAUGAUUGUUUUCGUAUGAAUAUCCGCAAUAUUUUAUUUUUCCCAAAGAAAAGAAAGAUGAAUAGGCCUUGUUGAGUGGGGUAGUGUAUUAGUCUUUUGGCUAACAGGAAAAUCAGAUUAUAUUCUAUUUGGAAACUCUCAGAGAUCCUGAUUAGCCUUGGUCCGGGACAAAAUCAAUUAUUAGUUGCUAGGUGAUGUGGUCCAAGAUUAUGGAUAAUCAGGGUUUGGCGAAAAUCCCCCUUUGACUGCUACUCUCAGGAUCCUAUUUAUUGCCAGUCCACUUCCAUGUUAUCCUAAUGUUGAUUUAGUCAUUGGACUGUCACUAAUUAUUCAGUACGAAGGGCUUGGGAUCAUUUUAGCAGACCACAGUUUUUGACCAAAAAGGUGUCAAACCAAAUGCAUAAUCAGCAGUGUUUCUAUAUUUCUCAAAACAGACUUCCAAAUCAGGUCUUCAAAAUCACAAUAAAUUAUUCUUUCUCGAUAGCUUCUCACCAAAUCAAAAGUUAGUCCUUGUUAUUCCAAAAAACUAAAGUAAAAUCAAAAGACUUUUAUUACAAAUCCGAGCAUUCUGCUGUCCAUCCCAGCAGUUACGUUUUUCAAGUAAAACCUUGCAGUUACACUCGCCAGGUUUGGUUGUGGUAAUUACUUUAUUACUGUUGGGUUGUUGUCCUUAAAUUCCACGUACAUUUGUUCUCAUUCUCACAUUCCUCAUCAUCUGCAGUUUUCCUGAGAAUCUCACUUCGAAAACA